GCUGUGGGGUGGGUGGCAGCGCCGGGAUCGAUGGGGGUCGGUCGCAUUGAUAAGGGACGAUAGACGCGGUCAGCAGCGAUGAGGAGUCGGAGCGGAGCCCCUGGGGAUUCCCUACCGCGAGGGAUUGCUGCUGCUCUGAAGAGGAGGAGUUACAAAAGCUCACCAGAGUUCUGACAGAAAUGGUUUUGCCCUGAAUCUCCCUGGCAGUGGUGGAUCUGCAGAGGACAUCUAGCCUUAGCUGUGGGAGCCUGGACAUGAGCACCUUUUGUCUCAUUUUCUCAGGCAGUGGAAGGAGCAGAAGCAAAAUGUUCCUUUUGCAAGCAGAGAGGUUUGUUUGUUAAUGUCCAUGAGAGCCCCAAUGGAUGUGCCAAUGCCUCUCUGUCAGCUUGUGUGCCUCACCUUUCUGUCUGCAGCUGUUUGCAGCCUGCCUGGCAGAACAUGACCCAGCUGUUCCAGCAUCCUACAACGUGAUCUACAAAGGCCACAGGAGCCAGGACUGGAUGAGUGCUCAGCAGUGUUCAGGCAUUGCCCAGCUCUCCUGUGAGCUGACAGAGGAGUUCAAGGACAUAUCUGCUGAGUAUUUUGUAUUUGUUCAGAGCAUUGGAGGAGCUCAGGUGCUCAAUUCUUCUCUGCUGCAUUUUGCACCAAUCUUUGGCACAAUUCUGGGACCACCUGAAGUGAAUAUCACUUCCUGUCCAAACUGCCUCAACGUCACCCUAAAGCUGCCAGCCUCUCACCUCAGAGACAAUGGGAAGCUGCUGUCUUUAAUUGAUAUCUACAAAGAGCUGGAUUAUGAUAUCACUCUGAAAUCACAGGAUGGACACUAUGAGAGGGCACGGCAGAGAACCACUGAAGAGGUGCUCAGUGUUGUCAUUGAGGAGUUGUAUCCCAGCAGGAAUUACUGCCUGUCCGUGGAGGUCACUGCAUCCCUGAACAAGAAUUCUGUCCCCUCCCCCUGGAAAUGUGUCACUGUAGACUCAGAGGCUCAGCAAGGGUACUAUGAAGCUGCAGUGGCAGGUGCUGUCUGUGUCUCACUGAUCAUUGCUGCAGUCCUGAAGUGUGUGCAUGCAGCAGGCUUUAUUUUCCCAAAGUUCUCCCUUCCUCAGACCUUGGUAUGUAACAGCUCUCAGAUCUGCCCUCUCUGGCUGGCAGCAGGAGGUUUAACAGCUGGGGUUUCCAGUCCUGUUCUUCAGGCGUGCAUCAGGAAGUUGGCCUACUCCCCGUGGGUGUCAGUGUCAGAAACAGUGGCCUCAGUGGAGAUCAUCCCCAGAGAGGUGAAGAGCAAGGCCAGGGGCUGCAGGGGCAGCGACAGUGAUGACAGUGACAGCAGCGACAGUGACAGUGACAGCAGUGCCCUGUGUGACCACAACUACACCAGGCGGGGCAGGCUGGGCAGGGGCAGUGUCCCCCAGGUGUGUGACAGCCCCAGCAGCCCAGAGCAGUACUCAGUGAGCAGCACCUGUGAGCACAGCAGCAGCCAGGCUGGGGCCACGCCAGCUGCUGAGCCACAGGAGCCCCAGGGCCACCCUGCAGGGCACAGGGACACGAGGAGCGAGUUGCUGAGCCCUCUGUGUGGGGACAGCAGCGAGCCCCAGGGGGGCAGUGGGUGCUUCACCAUCAGCCUGAGCACGGUGCUGCUGGGCACCCUGGAGCAGGAUGGGCACAGCCCUGCCGCUGCCUCCCCAGCCCACGAGGAUGCAGGGGACUGGCACUGUGCUCAUGGUGGGCAGGCAAAGCUGCUGCAGGACACGGGAAGUGGGCACGGAGCACCUUGUUCUAACAACUUCCACCAGUGGCAAAACUCCUCCUCUUCCUCUGAGGAAAGCGACUCCUUGGACUCAGACACAGAGCAAGUAACGGGCUACAUGAGGAGAUGAAGAAGGGAGAACUGCUUUUACUUUAUAACAUAGGAACCAGUGCUGUCCAACUCUUAUUUCUGGACUGAACACUCAGAUCUUGUCCUUUCAUUAACAUCCUGUGAGCGUGGGCUCCUACAGAAAGAGCUGGGGGUGUUUGUCUGGAGAAGGAUCCACAGAGACCUUCGAGCUCCUUCUGUGCCCAAAGGGGCUCCAGAGGUGGGGCUUGGAACAGGCCAUGGAGGGACAGGACAAGAGGGAAUGGCUUCAAACUCACAGAGGGCAGUUUUGGAUUAGAAAUUGUUCCCUGUGAGGGUGGGGAGAGACAACUUCCAGGGGAUGGAGGGACAGGAGCCAGGGAAUGGCUGCCAGUGCCAGAGGGCAGGGCUGGAUGGGAUCUUGGCAAUGAGGAAUUGUUCCCUGGCAGGGUGGGCAGGCCCUGGCCCAGGGUGCCCAGAGCAGCUGGGGCUGCCCCUGCAUCCCUGGCAGUGCCCAAGGCCAGGCUGGACACUGGGGCUGGGAGCACCUGGGACAGUGGAAGGCUGGUCUCCCAAACCAACCACUUGUACAAUUUUUUUAUUCUUUAUCUCUGUCACUCUUUCACUUUGUGGAACCUGUUCUGCUGGCUGGAUAGUGUAUUUGUGUAGAGAGCACUGAUCAAGUGGAAUAAUGAGGGCAGAGACAGGAACACUCAGCUGACAAAAGAGUGGAUCGAGGCAUUAAUACACUUCUUGAAUUUAUUUUUGUAUAAAUUUUGUACAAUUACUGAUUCAUAUUAAAAUAUUUUUUAUGACAUUUAAAACCUAAA